CACACCAGGGGCGUCGUCGUAAAUCUCAAUGCCCCCUCAAGGUUGGGGGGAGGUGUGACAGUCCUGUAGCGGAGAACACACUUCUGCACCUCGACCCCUCCUCUUGAUUCUCCUGCUUUUCUUAUUGGCUCAUGUCUAGCCUUGUACACUUCCCCCUUUUCUUCAGCACACAAACAUUCCCCGACUUUCUCCUCCCCUCCUGCACUGUUGUUUUCUAGGAAACCUUCAAGAGAUCUGGGCAAAACUGUUGUUUGUCUUGGUUCAUUUGUGUAGGGAGCUCCAGUCCUGUUUCUCAACCUGCAGGAAUCCUGUUCGACCUCGCCUCUUUUCAAGGAAUUGUGUUCGAGUUCUUCCAGCUUUUAUUCCUAAAGGACUGCAUCGCAACAAGCAGAGUUUAAAGAGUUUACUUUUUCAAACUGAAGGGCUAAGAUGCAGCAAAAGAAAGGAAAAGCAGUUUGAAACAAAGUUCUGGUGAAAUCUACAUGUGGAUUUGUCCACAGCUUCCUGUGUUGUGUCACGGUUUCCUGAGACAGUCGAGAGAAGUGACGUUCCUGGACUUGAUGCACAAGCUGGAUGAUGACAGAUAGCAUGUAUCCAAAAGAUUGAGGAGGUUACUGAAGUUCAUCUGAGAGCUACGCUGUACUCCGGUGCUUGCUCUUGGUCUCAACACACUAACUAGAUAAAUCGUCCUCCAGGAAGACAGAUCUUUGACUUGCCUAAAGUAGACGCCAUCAGUCAACUGGGUUUAACAGCUGUAGUGGAUGAACUUUUGUGAACUUUCUUUAUUCGAACCGACAUAAACGGUCAGCAUGGCAAGUGAGACGGACUUGCUGUGUGACUGGGAGACGGUUCAGCACCCUGAAGGACUUCAGCAUUGUUGGACUUGGUGGGAAUGGGAGUUUGAGAGAAUUCCAGCAGUAAGUGAUCAGCGAGAACACAAAAAGGUCUUAAGCCCCACGUAUAAGCAACGCAAUGAGGACUUCAGGAAACUCUUCAAGCAGCUACCUGACACUGAACGCCUCAUUGUGGACUACUCAUGUGCCCUGCAGAGAGACAUUCUUCUACAGGGUCGCCUCUACCUCUCUGAAAACUGGAUUUGCUUCUACAGCAACAUCUUCCGCUGGGAAACACUGCUGAUGGUGCGUCUGAAGGACAUCUGUUCCAUGACUAAGGAGAAGACGGCACGGCUCAUCCCCAACGCCAUCCAGCUCUGUACUGACAACGAGAAGCACUUUUUUACCUCAUUUGGUGCACGGGACCGGACCUACAUGAUGAUGUUCCGUCUCUGGCAGAACGCUCUUCUGGACAAGCCGUUGUGUCCCAAAGAGCUGUGGCACUUUGUCCAUCAGUGCUACGGGAACGAGCUGGGCUUGACGAGCGAUGACGAGGAUUACGUGCCUCCAGACGAUGACUUUAACACCAUGGGCUGUUGCCCCCCUCCCUGGUGCAGGUACUGUGAGGAGAUCCCACCUGAGGAGAACGAGGCUCAGGACACGUGCACCAAAACCCCUGAGGUCAAAAUGGACACCAGUCCGCAGCUGCCCAAGAAAUCCUUCACCAGCAAUAACCUCCCUUCAACGUGCAGCAUCGAACCACCCGGCCAUUAUGACGUUCCACCAGAGGAAGAGUUUUCCGGAUGUCUUCCUGACGAGCUCCUAAGUCUGCCUUUACCAGAUAACAAGCCGAGUGGUCCAGCGUCCUCGCCGUCGCUCGACUUCAACGACAACGAGGAUCUUCCAACUGAGCUGAGCGACUCGUCAGAAACCCACGAUGAUGGAGAAGUCCAAGCUUUCCACGAGGACCUACAUGGGAAACAGUACAUCAACAAGGUGUACAAGUUUAGCGUGGACAAGCUGUACGAUCUCCUCUUCACAGAGUCACAGUUCAUGCGGGACUUCCUGGAGCUACGCCGCUUCUCUGAUGUGGUGUAUCGUCCGUGGAAGAAGGAAGAGUUGGGAGACCAGAGCAGAGAGAUUAUGUACACCAUCGCCAUCACCAACCCCCUAGCCCCAAAAACUGCUACAGUCACCGAGACUCAGACUCUGUACAAAGCCAGCCAGGAGAGCGAAUGUUACAUUAUUGAUGCUGAAGUGAUCACUCACGACGUCCCUUAUCACGACUACUUCUACACGCUCAACCGCUACAUGCUCACCAGGGUGGCUAAGAACAAGUGCAGACUGAGGGUUUCCACCGAGCUGCGCUACAGAAAACAUCCGUGGGGUCUCGUCAAGGGCUUUAUCGAGAGAAACUUCUGGAGCGGCCUUGAUGAAUAUUUCAGAUAUUUAGAACUGGAGCUGAGUAAAGCCGAGGUCGCUCUAAACAAACCCCACAGACCUUCUCCCAAAGCCAAAGCCACACGUUCGUCCACAGUGAGACGACACCGGAAACGAGCGGCGGGUCACCUGAGGCCGCAGCACCUGGACGAGGAGCUGAGCGCCGUCACCACGGCCGAGGACGACGAGGUCAUCCAAUGCAUCAAACACGUGGCAGGAUCCACGCAGACGCGGCACUUCCCCGACCCGGCCGCAGGAGGUCUGGCACUUUACGGCGUUUCCAAACUGCUGCUCAUCAUCAGCUUCGCCCUGGUGCUGCUGGUUCUCCUGAACAUGAUGCUCUUCUAUAAGCUGUGGACGCUGGAGCACACCACACAGAGCUUAGCGUCGCUGCAGGGCCUCCGAGCUCACGAUAGCAGUAAACUUCCCCAAACGCAGAUGGAGUGGGCUCAGCUCCUGGAGUCGCAGCAGCGUUACCAUGACGACGAGCUGGAGAAGUGGCGGCAGAUAAUCAAGUCGUCUGUGGUUUUGUUAGACGAGAUGAGAAGAUCUUUACUGAACCUGCAGAAGGGAAUCGGUAUGAGAGACGACGGAUCGGCCGCCGAGGACAAGCGGAAUCGGUACCACUGACGGGAGCGAAGAUCUCGGGCCGAACCGACAAGCCGUGCAAUAAGAAGAGCGCAGAACGGGGAACCUCGCAGGAGCCGCCUCGCUCCUCUCCUGUCCAGCGCCGCUCGCUGAGCACCGAUUGCAAAAAGCAUCUGACCCACAGAUCGUCCUGAUCUGCAGGGCCAAAAAUGACUCCUGAUUCAUUCAUUCAUUCAUUCAUUCAUUCAUUUAUUCAUUCAAGGACUCGUUUGAGUGUUAAACGCACACGCAGCAACAUCUCAGCUGCACCACCACCAUCACUUUAAACACCAUCACUUUCACCACCACCACCCAUCUGUUUUUAGAUUUUUUUAACCAUUCAGGGGUCCGGGACCAGGUUAACCUUUGACCUAUUAUCUAUUUAAGUGUUGAAGAACGCAGAAAUCAUAUCACGAUGACACACAGAUUUCUAAUUUCUAAGUAGAGCUAUAUUUGUUGCCAGAGCUACAUUUCUACCGAAGCUUCCAUGGAAAAAUCGGGGCUGGACCCCGGAGAGCUUGUGCCAUGGUGCUAAUUAUGCAUAAAUGCCCACGUUAUGCAGUUCCUGGUUUAUUUCCGUCCGAGCGCAGAGUCGCUUCUUUCUCUAAUCCGAACAUUUUAUUGCCUGGAUACGUGGAAGGCCAACGGUGACGGUGUUAGCGGGGAAACAGGAAGCGUGACGGAUUUCCUCAGAAAUACUUUCCUGUAUUUCAUUUUGCACAAAUCUGUUUGUCAUCUGUUCUUUUUGUUUCUUUUUUUUUCAAGCAACAUUGAACUGUACACGAUUCUGAGCCAAUUUUAUUUAUACUCUUCGUCCAUUCAGUGUUCUGUGUUGUUUUUUUGUUUUUUUUGUUACAUGAUCUGAAGAAAAUCUGUGAGUCGGUUUAUCGUGAAAAUCUUGGCAUGUGCUGAUAUUUCGUAACUUUUAUCGUAACUUACGGGAAAAAAAAAAAUCUUACGAUGUUUUAUUCACCAAAAAAAAAAAAAAAAAAGGGCAGCUAUCGAGCUGUCUCAUAAUUCGCUCGUGUUUGGAGGCAGCGCUUUGAUAUCUCUGAAAGUACCAAAAUAAGGCAUUGAAACUUCGCCACGUUGCUAGGUUACCGUCGAACGGUUAACGCUAGCUAACCAAGAAAUCCGUUAUUUUCCGGUCGUAAAUAAUCCUUGAAUCUGAUUGGUCAGAAGGACGAAUUGAUUGAUUUCCUGCACGUCGCAGGUUUAUGUUAACGCUCUCUGAUACUCAGACCGGAUCGUUCCUAUAGUAACAGCUCGCUCACGGUUAUGUUUAGAGGUUAAAUGGAGCUGUUUUUACGUAACACUGAUGGAAGUGUCUCAAGUGUCAACAUCAGCGGUAAAGCUGGAACGUUUUACGGUUUUCAGGACAGAAGAGUUUUAUCUUCUUGUUAACUUCAAUACGGAUUAUAAACAGCGAGGCUGGUGCAACGUAAUAAACCGAUCAGCGUCACAUAUCCGGUGCAGACUAGUGACCGUCGAGCCACGUUUUCUUUCCUGAGUUUCGUUUCUUUUUGUUUUCACGCCGCAUGGUUGAAGUAUAAGAGGAGCGCAAAGAUAACGGUUUCUUUUCAGUAUUAUAUUUCCGUCUGUUUGAGCUCCACGUCGCCGCUUUUAUUUAUUUAUUUAUCCGCCAUAUUCUUCGAUCCAGAUCGACGCAGGGAUUCGAACCUACAACCUUCUGAUGUGUGAAGUUUUUCUCCCGAACCUUCUUAUACAAGCUGUGAAGACUCCUCGGGACCGAUACGGAAAAGUCGUCUAAAGCGCGGCUCGCCCGAUUGACUCGGGUGUUUAAUUGCUAAUAACCUGCGUUCUGUCAGGAGUCAGUUUUUACUUUAGGGUUUUUUUUUUUUUUUUACAUCAUGAACGUUACUGCGAUAUCUGAGAGUCUGCUGCAUGAUGUUUAUCAUGAAAAACAUGGGGGGGGGUUCGCCUCACACCUCCAGGGUUGGGGGUUCGAUUCCCACCUCCACCUUGUGUGUGUGAAGUUUGCAUGUUCUCCCCGUGCCUCGGGGGUUUCCUCCGGGUACUCCGGUUUCCUCCCCCGGUCCAAAGACAUGCAUGGUAGGUUGAUUGGCAUCUCUGGAAAAUUGUCCGUAGUGUGUGAUUGCGUGAGUGAAUGAGAGUGUGUGUGUGUGUGUGUGUGCGCCCUGCGAUGGGUUGGCACUCCAUCCAGGGUGUAUCCUGCCUUGAUGCCCGAUGACGCCUGAGAUAGGCACAGGCUCCCCGUGACCCGAGGUAGUUCGGAUAAGCGGUAAAGAAUGAGUGAGUGAGAGAGAGUGAUUCGGAAGCUAGAGCGUUAGCAUUCCAGAAGACCUUAUGAAGCGCUGCUCCUUUAUCUCUGGAGCAUCUCAGUAUGACUCAUCAGGGGGCGUGGAUAAGAUAAGAUGACUCCGCCUACAUUUCCCUUAAUCUUCUUCAACAAGUCUUUGAAUAGUCAAAGCCAUGAGUUACGGAUCAGUUCAUGAUAGUAAAAAAAAAAUAAACUGUUUAUUUUAUCAGAAGGAGCUGCUUUAUGAAUGCCAAAUAAUCCCUCCUUAAUCUCUCUCUUUUUUUUUUUUUUUUUUUGUUGUUGUUAUUCGUUUCUACAAAAGUAUCUACAAGAAGUAGCUACAAACUUAAGUAUUACAAUCCUCACUGUAACGGUGCAAACGGAGGCUGUACGUGCUUCAAAUCUUUCAUGUUUUUAUUAUUACGAUUAUUUUAAUGGACAUAUACGGAGCUGAAAUAUUUAUACUGAUAUUAUAAUGGAUGUACAUGUUGUAUAUGUAUAGUUGCUGUGUCUAUAUGGGGGAAAAAAAGGCUCCAGCGUGUCGCUGGUUCGAGAGCUGGCAGUCGGAGAGUCAAAGAUUUAUGUCAUCAACAAAAACGGGCGGAAGGAAUAAAGCUAUUUAAGAGA